GGAGAGGAAGAAAGAGAGAGUUAAGGACCGCAAACAGAUCCGAAUCUCUCUUGCUCUCCUCCCCUCUCCUCUCCUCUCCUCUCCUCUCCUCUUGACUUUCUUUUGCAGACCCUUUAAGCCAACACCAACAAAGAUACUUCAAUGUCGAUACAAUGUUAUGUUCAAACUAAAUAAUUGAUUAAAUAGUAAUAACAAAAUAUAAUCGAAUUUCUUGAACAAUUGCCGAUGAUGAAACCCCACCGGAAGGUCCUAAGGGACGACAGUUUUCUGCCAAUGGGAAUUCCAUGAGUACAGCAGAUGUCGAAGCCAAACUCAACCAAAGCAAUAUUCAUGAAGCUGAAUCUUCUUUACGCGAACGCUUGUCCCUCAAUUCUGAGGGGUUUUUUUUAUUACUGGUUUUGGUGAUCUGGGAAUUGGGAAAAUUUGGGUUUUGAUUUUUAUUUUGUUUGGUUUUGAAGGAAGCGACGACUCUUGUGGGAAGAUUAGAGUACCAGAGAGGAAAUGUUGAAGCGGCACUUCGGUUAUUGGAUGGGAUUGAUCUGCAAGCUGCAAUCCAAGGGCUGCAACCUUCCAACCAAGCUGCCAAGCUCGUUCUUGAAGGGGUUUACUUGAAGGCCAAGUCGCUUCAAAAGCUAGGAAAAUUUACCGAGGCUGCUAAAGAUCGUACAAAUGUGCUUGAUGCUGUGGGGAAGAUAUUUCCUCAAGGGAUAUCUGAUGCCCAAGUUGAGUGUGGAUUGCAGGAGACGGUUAGUAAAGCGGUUUAGCUACUUCCGGAGCUUCUGAAGCAGGCUGGUAACUAUCAAGAAGCAAUGGCUACUUAUAGACGUGUACUGCUCAAUCCAUGGAACUUAGACAAUGAAAGUUGUGCGAGAAUUCAGAAAGCAUUUGCAGUUUUUCUCUUGCAUAGUGGGUUGGAGGCUGGUCCUCCUAGCUUAGGUGCUCAAGCUAAUGGUGCUUAUGUACCCAAAAAUAAUUUGGAAGAGGCUAUUCUGCUUUUGUUGGUUCUUAUGCAAAAAAUUCACCAGGGCGUUGUUCAGUGGGAUCCUUCUGUUAUGGAUCACUUAAUGUAUGCACUUUCUUUAUGCAGCCAAACUCAUGCUUUAUCAAAGCAACUUGAAAAGCUCAAGCCUGGAGUAUUUCAUCGUACAGAACGUUGGAAUUUCUUAGCUCUUUGUUGCAGUGGUGCGGGGCAGAACAAACCUGCCCUGAAUAUAUUGAGGAAGUCUCUGCAUAUAAACGAAAAACCUAACGAUCUCACAUCGUUAUUGUUGGCUGCCAAGACCUGUAGUGAGGAUCCAUAUCUUGCAGCUGAGGGUGUAGGAUAUGCACAGAGAGCAGUCGAUAAUGCAAAAGGGGUGGAUGAACAUCUGCAGGGUGUCUGUCUUCGUAUGUUAGGUCUUUGUUUGGGAAAGCAAGCUAAAGUAUCUCCCUCUGACUUUGAAAGGUCCCGUCUUCAGAAUGGAGUGCUUAAAUCUUUAGAUUCAGCACUUUCCCUUGAGCAGGAUAAUCCUGAUAUAAUCUUUGAUUUGGGAGUUAAUUAUGCAGAGCAGCGAAAUUUGAAUACUGCUUUGCGUUUUGCAAAGAAGUACAUUGAUAUAACUGGUGGUUCUGCAUUAAAGGGUUGGAGACUGCUUGCUCUAAUUUUGUCUGCUCAACAGCGAUUUUCAGAGGCUGAGGUAGUUACUGAUGCUGCAUUGGAUGAGACUGGCAAAUGGGAGCAAGGACCACUGCUCAGGCUGAAAGCAAAAUUGAAGGUCUCCCAGUCACAACCCAUGGAAGCUAUCGAUACUUACCGUCACCUCCUUGCAUUGGUUCAGGCCCAAAGAAAAGCACUUGGUCCUAUGAAAACUGAUUCUCAGGUUGAUGAUAAAGUAAAAGAAUUUGAAGUUUGGUACGGCCUUGCAACUCUGUACUCUAGUCUUUCACACUGGAAGGACGUAGAAGUAUGUUUGCAAAAAGCCAGAGAAAUGAAACAGUAUUCUGCGGAAUUGCUGCAUACAGAAGGUGUUAUGCAUGAAGAACGUGGAGAAUUCCAACAAGCAUUGUCUUCACAUAUGAAUGCUGGUCUGCUAGACCCACAUUUUGUACCGUCUAAGGUACGGAUUGGUGCAUUGUUGACCAAGAUGGGGUCAAUUGCAUUGCCUGUGGCGAGAACUGUACUUUCGGAUGCACUGAGGAUCGAACCUACAAACCGUAAGGCUUGGUAUUACUUAGGUAUGGUACAUAAGGAUGAUGGUCGCCUUGCUGAAGCCGUAGACUGCCUCCAGGCGGCAUCGAUGCUCGAAGGGUCGGACGCUGUUGAAAACUUCAGAUCUAUCCUUUGAUCGGCGGCCAUACCUUUCAGCCUCAGGCACGUUCCAGCGCACGGACCAUGACACAUACAGGGAUGGCUCUUUUGCACAGACUUUCCUGUUUCUUUAGUCAAUGCCAUGGGUGCCACAAAAGAAGAGAGAUCAAAUGGAAUUUGAAAGAAAAAUGAGAUGAAAAAGAAGAAAAUAAUAUAGCGGCAGAUGUUAAGAAAUUAUAGGAAAUGUAAGGGGAGUUCUCAAAUGAUCCUCUAAUGGUGUUUUACUUAGCAUGCUUAAUGACUAUAUUUAUAUAAUUCAAAAGAUUUGUGUACUUUACUUUAGAGAUUCAAAGGAUAAA